AUGAUUCUAUUUUUGAUAUUCUUAUUUGCCCCAGUAUUUUCGCUGCCUCGAAUUCAGAAUGAGAUGAUGGCAGAUCCUGAAGUCAUUUGUGAUGUGAGAGAAAUCCGAAUACAAGUGAAAACUACGAAUGGGUUUGCAGGCAAUCUUUAUACCAAGGUAAGAAUGAUGAACAAAAAUGAAAUAAGUUUCGAGAAGGUCUCUAAUUUUUACCACGGGACUUUUCAAUCACGGGACUAAAAAAACAUUUUUGAAAAUAAUUUUCUCCCAGGUUUUUUAUUCUCCAUUCUCGUUUUUUCAGGGAUUCUUCCAUAAUUCAAAUUGUCGAAUCCGUGGAAAUACUGUUCAAAACUCACUCGAACUAAUUCUACCAGUUGAUGGUGAUUGUGGAAUUCGUCGAAAACGACAAACCAAUCCACGUGGCAUACUUCUAGACACCACAAUCAUUUUAAUGUUUCACCCAGUUUUUCUCACUCAAACUGAUCGAUCUUAUCAUAUUCAAUGUCAAUAUACCGAAACAGAUCGAACUGUUACAAAUGCUCUUGAUGUUAGUAUGCAACCACCAUCUGAACUUCCACAAUCUGUUCAACAAGCUGAUCCAGAACAAGCACCAGUUUGUAAAUAUGAAGUGUUGAUGGGAAGUGAGAAUGGUCCACCAUUAUCUCAUGCAACUGUUGGAGAUGCCGUGUAUCAUAAGUGAGUAGUGCUUUCCUAUUUUUGGAAAAAUAUCCCUUGCCUACUUCCAGAUGGUCUUGUGAAGGUUCAAAUAAAGAUAUGUACUGUAUGACAGUUCAUUCUUGUAUUGUUGAUGAUGGCCAAGGAUUUGGUCAAAAAUUGGUUGAUGAACAUGGUUGUACUUUGGAUAACUUUAUUCUUCGGGAAAUUGAAUAUAAAGAAGAUCUGAAAGCAGGACAACUUUCAAAUGUAUUCAAAUUUGCUGACAAACCUACAGUAUUCUUUUCAUGUAUGAUAAGAGUUGAAUUGAAAGAAAUGGCUAGUGCAACUUGUUCUGUAAGUUUUUAGCUAAACAAAAAAUUAGAAAAUUAGAAAAAUUUUAGCCGCCUUCUGAAGCUCAAUGCACAAUCAGUCGAGCCAACAAAAAUCUGACGAAUGAUGUGAUGACUGAACCAAAAGUGACUGGAGAAAUCCCCAAAGAUUUCCCGCGUCCACCAAACGUUACUCAUAGUUCAAAACACAGUGGUUUGAAUAAUUAUUCUGGAAUAGAUGACUCAUCUGAAGAAGUUGAGGAAGAUGAUGAAGAUCCUUUCCCGGAUGCUGACAAACCGCUUCAGAUUUCUCCAGCAAUGUGAGUUCAGAAAACAAUUGAACUUUUUCUUAAAAUUUUGAUUGAUAGAAGAAACAGGUUAAUUCGACGACGAGAUGUUGAUGAUCGAAAACAAUUUGAUUUUGAUGUGUUUGCACCUUCUGUAGAUGUUCGAGAUUUAGCAGAAACAGAUAUCAAAUCUGGUGAUUCAAAGAAGAACUCCGAAUCAUCAAAAACUGAUGUUUGUGUUCCAAGAUUCACAAUGUUUCUCAGCAUGUUUAUUCUAAUUAUUUUAACAAUUGUCGCAAUUGUCAGCUUAUAUUUGUUAGUUGUGAAUAUAACUGAGAAAUCGAAGAAAAUUCGAAAAGAAAUGCCAAAUCCUCUAAACUUUUGA